UGUCUAUUCUUGGUGAGGUUUUGUCCCCUAUCUCUCUCUUCUGUUCAUACAUUUUUUUCUCUCUCUUUGUCUCCCAGAAAACAAAAGAGAGAAAAAAUCAUUUUCUGCUUGAAAAAGAAUAAUUUUCUUGUUGAAGAAUCGAUCAAUAGCGUGUGUUAGCUGCAAUGCUAACUUGGGAGAGCCAGGUUAGGCUUGCAAGCAACACCGCCUUGACGAAAAAGCUAGCCUUCAUCACAUUCCUCAUCAUUGUGUUAUGUCCAGCUAUAAUGGUCAUGUCUCAGGAGCACAAGGUUGUGCCAGGUUCAGACGCAGAUUCCCUCUUGAGAUUCAAAGACACUUUAGCGAAUGCUUCUGUCAUUAGCAGUUGGGAUCCUUCAACCGCGCCUUGUAAGCGAAAGUCAUCAAACUGGUUCGGUGUUCUCUGUUUUGCCGGACAUGUUUGGGGUCUACAACUUGAAGGAAUGGGUUUAACCGGGAAGCUAGACCUUGAACCAUUGACUCCUAUCAAGGACCUAAGAACCUUAAGCUUCAUGAACAACAAUUUCGACGGUGCAAUGCCAUCUGUCAAGAAACUCGUCUCGUUGAAGUCAUUGUACUUGUCUAACAACAGGUUUACAGGGGAGAUAUCCGCCGAUGCGUUUGAUGGUAUGCAUCAUUUGAAAAAGCUUUUGCUGGCGAACAACGCCUUUCGCGGAAAAGUACCUUCUUCUUUAGCUUCUUUACCAUUGCUUUUAGAGGUGAGGCUGAAUGGUAACCAGUUCCAAGGGGCGAUACCUGAUUUUAAGCAGAAAGAUCUUAAGUUAGCUAGCUUCGAGAACAAUGACCUCGAAGGACCUAUACCCGAAAGUCUACGGAACAUGGAUCCUGGCUCUUUUGCAGGGAACAAGGACUUGUGUGAUCCUCCACUAAGCUCAUGCUCAGGGGAUUCAUGGUUUUUUCUGGAUCCUCCUCCUAGUUCCACGGAGAAGAAGAACAAGAGCAGCUCUUUCUACACGAUUGCAAUCCUUUUGAUUGUCAUUGGUGUAAUACUAGUGAUCAUCUCCCUUGUGGUGUUGAUCAUCUCCCUUGUGGUUUGUGUCUUUCACACCAGAAAACAGAAGUGCUUGUCGGCUUAUCCAUCCGCGGGGCAAGACAGGACAUAUAAAUUCAGUUAUGAUCAACCCGCGGACACGGAGAGAGCCGCGGAGUCUGUUACUAGCUACACCACUAGGAGAGUAACAGUACAGGACCAGGACAAGCUCUUGUUUCUGCAAGAAGACAUUCAGAGAUUCGACCUUCAAGAUCUUCUGAGAGCUUCUGCUGAAGUUCUUGGGAGUGGAUGCUUUGGUGCUUCUUAUAAAGCCGGGAUAAGUAGCGGCAAGACGGUGGUCGUGAAGAGGUAUAAACAUAUGAACAACGUGGGAAGAGAUGAGUUUCAUGAGCAUAUAAGAAGGUUAGGGAAGCUGAGCCACCCGAAUCUGUUGCCUCUUGUGGCUUACUAUUACCGUAGAGAAGAGAAGCUUUUGAUCGCUGAGUUCAUGCCGAACCGUAGCUUGGCAAGCCAUCUUCACGCGAAUCAU